UAUCCUCUCCCACCCUAUUCAAAUAUCCUCUUUCUGAAAAUUCUAUCUAAAAGAAAUUAAGAUUGGGAUAAAAUUCGCCGUACGACCCAUUCUUGCAGAUACACUUACACAAAUUGCUACGUUAAAAUAAAGCGAAUUCACAUAUGAAUUUCUCGUGAGCUUCUCCUCAUUUUUCCUCGAUAAAUUCAUUCAUGAAUACAGAUGUACGUGGAAAUACACAUUUAGUUGGCUAAAUGAGCAGGCGUAGAUGAUGGUAUUGGCUACCCAUCAGUUGCAGGGUUCUUGUAGCUCUUUCCCAUCAGGGCGUUCAUCAUGGAGCAGUGGAAGCAAGCUAAAACGUUUUGUACCGGCACAUCUUGAAAUUAAGCAAAAAUGUAGUUUGUUUUCUCUGAAAUACAAAUCUUGUUUUAGCACAGGAGCUCCUCUUGUCCUUUGCCCAAAGGCAAAAUUAUGUAAGGUGUCAGCUUUCAGAGGAAGCAAUCGAGAUGAAGAAUCUGGCCAUAGAGUCAGUGGGAAAAAGUCCCCGAAGAAUCCUGUUAAGGUUUCUUAUGUACAACAGGAGAGUGAAGAAUCCUCAGCAGAAUCAUCAAAGGUUCAGAAUAUCGUUUGUGUUCCUUACACGUCAACAGCAGACGAGAAAACAGCCAAGUUGCUGGCUAUUCAAACAUUGUUUAAGAACUGGUUAAUGUUGUUGCGCACACCAGCACAAAACCAACCAGUGGACGAAAUUCUUGAAGAACCUUCUUUGGCAGAAACACCAGAGACGCGUAAUGCAGUACAAAAGCAAGAAAAAAGUGAAACCUUAAAGGCGAUUUGGUGCUACUUUCUGGGUCUUGAUGUUACCGUAAAGUUACCUUUACUGAUAUUUGUCCCUCUGUACCUAGCAAUUAGCCUGGCAUAUGGAGCUGAGGUUUCAAAAGAAUUGACUCCUUUAUGGGUUCUUGGACCAUUGAUCGUUGCUCUCUAUGUUACGAUUUUUCGGGGCAUAUUUGGCCUCUAUGUAUUCAGCUUCAAGCAGACUGUCAAGGUAAUCAAGAACCUUCCUAAAUACUGCCUGAUCGCUUAUAAUUAUCUUGUUUGUGGGAAACUUAAAGAAGACAUAUUAGCACAUACAUGGAAACCUCUGGUGGAUAUCAAAAACAUGGAUUAUAAAGAGGUGACCAGAAGAAAAUUGAAAGAUUUGAGAGGCUGGUUAAUGGAAAAGUACCUGGACUACGUGGAAUCCAUAUGGCCAUAUUAUUGCAGAAUGAUCAGGUUUUUGAAGAGAGCAAAUUUAAUUUAACUCUUUGAGUACUAGAAAUUGGGAUUUUUCUUCGGGGUACCUUCUUUUAGUGAAAAUUUUCAGACGGGCAGAAAUUGAUGAACACUGCUGGAGCAUUUAGAGGACACUGAGGAACAUGUGGAGGUCGUCAAAUUUUUUAAAAAUUCAUUUUUUCGAAUGAAUUCUGAGCAUUUCCAUCUCCAGUUGCUGUUGUUUAUUUUGAUCCAUGGCGAUAGAUAUAUAUCUGAUUGUAUUAAUAUCAACGAGUAUACACAUUUAUAUGUAACUUUUGUGGUGAAGAAAGGCUUUCAGUUUUUCUCCUC